AUGAGUCGUCUACACACAAAAUUAAAACCUUCACAAGAAAUGACAAAACGAUAUGAAGUCAUGGAGAAAUCUACAGUAACAUCUAACGACCAAAUGUCAUUAUUUCGCCCACCCGUUGUGCGCUCCGCAGCGGGAGUACUCGAUCGUGCUCUAUUUUCCAAAACUAUACCAAUUUCCGCAGCAAGAUUGAUGAAUAAUAAAAUUAUAUCAAAAUGUCGAUCGCAAUUGACAAAAAGCAAAGAAAUGUUGUUGGAAGAUAGAGUUGCGCCUAUACGAUCGGAUCCAGACCCAGAAUUUGCGGCGAAAGGUGGAAAGUGUUUGCUUCUGAAUCCUAAAGUAAAACAUGAUGAUCCUACCACUUGGAGUCCAAUUUUACAUGAAGCUGUGAAGGCACAGGAAUUGGGAGUUAUCCCAUUUGAUUUGACUCUGGGUUAUGAUCAUUGGAAUUAUAUCGAUAUCAUGAAAUCUAUUCUUCCCGAAGAUGCCCAAGGAGAGAUUCCAGUCGGUUUCGCCAUUGUCGGGCAUGUUGCCCAUCUCAACCUACAUGACGAAUAUCUUCCUUAUAAGUCUCUCGUUGCGGCAGUUCUUAUGGACAAAAAUCCCACCAUCCGUACGGUCAUCAACAAAAUUGAUGAUGUGGGCACCGUUUCUGAAUACCGGACUUUCUCUUACGAAGUGCUCGCCGGUGAAGAUAACAUGAAUGUUGAAAUCCGCGAGGGAGAUUGUACGUUUCGAUUCGAUUACUCGAAAGUUUAUUGGAAUAGUAGAUUGCAAACAGAACAUAAGCGAUUGGUGGAUCUGUUUGAGCCUGGGGAUGUCGUCUGUGACGUUAUGGCGGGGGUGGGUCCCUUCGCCUUACCAGCAGGAAAGAAAGGGGUUUUUGUGUGGGCAAAUGAUUUGAAUCCGGAUAGUUAUAAGGCUAUGAAAGAUGCGGUUGUUAGAAAUAAGGUCGAAAAUUUUGUUCAUCCCUUCAACGAAGAUGGCCACAAAUUCAUCCAUCAAGCCGCAGACGAACUCCUCCGACUCACCGCCACAAAUCAAAAUACCAUUACUAUCGCUCCCAAACGACCCUCUCGCAGUGCUCCUCCGUCAACUCAGCCACCUCCACCUCCCAAAGUCCUCACCAUUCCCAACACCAUCUCCCACUUCGUAAUGAAUCUCCCUGCCACCGCCAUAGAUUUCCUUCCCUCCUUCCAUGGCCUCUAUCAUAAAUCUCAACACCUAUUUGCCCCACAUACAAAAACAAAAUUGCCAAUGGUACAUGUCCAUUGUUUUGCGGCAAAGAAUGAAGAUAACGAGGCGGCUAAUAUAGAAAUUUGCGAAAGGGUGAGCGAGAAAUUGGGUAUGAAGAUUGAGCAGGGUGAUAAGUAUGAAACGAAGGUUUGGGAUGUGAGAGAUGUGGCGCCGAAGAAGAGGAUGUUCUGUGUUAGUUUCAGGAUUCCAGAAGAGGUAGCUUUUGGGGAGAGGAGGGGUUAG